GAGUUUUCCUCCUUUCUUCCUUCCUGCUUCCUGAAAGUGUAUUGGGAUUCCUCUACUUUUCUCAUGGCGGAGUCCUCUGCUCUUUGUUUUUCCACCUUCCCUUCUUUUUCGAUCUUCUCUGGCUCCAGAGAAACACCCGCGCCCGUGAACUUGUCUUUCUCUUCUCUCGCCAAAUUCUCCUUGGUUCAUCGGCAAUCUUCUCGUCUAGUCCGAGUCGGUGCCAAAGAUCUCAAUGCCGGCGAUUUCCUGGGUGACGAUUCCUUCGGUUUAUACCCCUGGGACUCUCCAAAUCGCGAUGGAAAUGGCGCUAUUGAAUGGGUGCCUGAGGACAGAAUUACACUUUUUACCGCUGAUGGAUUGAUUCAAAUAGGGGGUUCCAUGGUUCCUCGCCGUAUCUCUUCUUCAGAUAAGAAACAAGGGAGAUCAAAGGCUUCUCAAAGAUUUCAGCGAUUUCAAGAGAGUGAUUACAUGGAUCCAAAUCAAGGGCUAUGUCUUGGUGCACUCUUUGAUAUUGCGGCAACAAAUGGACUUGAUAUGGGCAGAAGACUCUGUAUCUUUGGAUUUUGCCGUUCAAUUGAGAUGCUAAGUGAUGUUGUUGAAGACACUGUUUUGGAGCAUGGUGGAGAGGUUGUAGCGGCAGAGAAGGCAAGCAAGGGAGGCCUGCAUGAAAAGCUAACCAUGACAGUUGCUGUGCCACUUCUAUGGGGAGUUCCUCCUGCAUCAGAGACACUGCACCUUGCUGUCCGGAGUGGUGGAGGGAUCGUUGAGAAGAUAUAUUGGCAGUGGGACUUCUUGUAAAAUAAUCCAUGUCUUCCCCAACCUCCUUCCAUCAAUGUGUAUUCUGUACAUAAUUUGUUGACUUGUUAUUGUAUAAUAACGGAAAUUGUUUAUGGUAUUCCGUAUUGGUGCUUAACCAAACUGGCACUGGAAUGGUGCCGUGUAGUAGUAGUAGUUACUAUAUAUAUAGACUUAUCGUUCACGUCCA